AUUAUUUCAGCAAGAAAAGGAUGAGGACCACACAGUGCUUAUUAAUACUUUUUUUAAUAUUUAUAAACAUUGACGCUCAAAAAGGGAAAAAGAAAUCCAGAACGCGGCAAGACUUUGAAUUUACGCUACACGCUUGCAAUUGCAAUGGGAAAUCAAAUAAAUGCUUCUUUGAUCAAGACUUGUUUGAUAGAACUGGAAGCGGUGGACACUGUCAGGAGUGUGAAGACAACACUGAGGGCGUCAACUGUGAACGAUGUAAAGUUCUUCACUAUAGAAGAAAGGAAGAUAAAGAAUGUGUUGCUUGCAACUGUCAUGCAGUUGGAUCUCUUGCCUCUCAGUGCUCAGAAGAUGGCCAGUGUCCUUGUAAACCUGGAGUUGGAACUAGGACUUGUAGCAAAUGUGCUCCUAAUUUUUAUGACAUGACUGCACAAGGGUGCAGACCUUGUGGCUGCAAUUUAGCUGGUAUUGCUCCAGAUGCCCCUAGCUGUGAUCCUUCCUUAGGCUACUGUCCUUGCAAGGAAAAUGCGGUUGGCCAAAGAUGUGACAGUUGUAAGAAGGGAUUUUUCGACCUGCAAUUAGGAAAUGAAUUUGGCUGUGUUUCUUGUUUCUGUUACGGACACUCCGAUGAAUGUAGAAGUGCUCCAGGCUUUUAUGAAAAGUCAAUUGAAUCAAAGUUUGAUCUCAAUGAUGAAAACUGGUCAGCGAUUGAUCUUAGAGGCCGGCAAGUCCCUGUUAUUUAUGAUGCUGAUCUGCAAAUAAUAGAAGUUCGUGGACAAGGAGGAGAAUUCAUAUAUUUUAUAGCUCCAGAUAACUAUCUAGGGAAUCAAAGGGCAUCUUACAAUCACUACUUGUCUUUUACUCUGAGAAUUGGUCCUGAAAAUGUUCGUAUAAGUGCUCAUGACAUUAUUUUAGAAGGCGCUGGAUUGCGCAUUAGUGCACCAUUAACAGAGCAAGGAAAUCCUGUUCCAUCUCAUAAGAUACAAAACUACAAAUUCCGUUUGCACGAAAAUCCAAGCUUUGGUUGGACUCCCAGAGUUAGCGCUUUUGAUUUCAUGAAAAUUUUAUCUAAUCUGACUGCAAUUAAAAUCAAAGCUACUUUUUCUAGAGAAGGAAUUGGUUACCUUGAUGAUGUUGUAUUGGAAUCUGCUUUACGUGUUCCUGGAAAUGUUCAGGCUACUUGGAUUGAGCAGUGUGCUUGCCCAGAAGGAUAUACUGGUUUAUCCUGUGAAUUCUGUGCCCCUGGUUAUAGACGGGAUCCAUUAGGGGAUAGUCCUUACUCCCGAUGCGUCAAAUGUUUUUGUCAUAAUCAUGCAGAUACAUGUGAUCCUGUGACAGGUAAAUGUGUUUGUAAACAUAACACUGAAGGACACCAUUGUGAGAGAUGUGCACCCUCAUAUUAUGGUGAUGCUCGUGAAGGUACAACAGCAGAUUGCAAACCAUGUUUGUGCCCCGAUAGAGGACCUUGUGUUGUGUUACCAGGAGGACAAGUUGCUUGCCAACAAUGUCCUUUAGGUCACACAGGUCAUCAGUGUGAGCUAUGCAUUGAUGGAUAUUUUGGAGAUCCUUUAGGAAGAUUUGGCCCUCCAAGACCAUGCCGAAAAUGUGAGUGCAGUGGUAACAUUGAUCUAAAUGCGGUUGGAAAUUGUAACACAACUACUGGCCAGUGUCUGAAAUGCAUCUAUAACACUGCUGGGUGGAAUUGUGAAAAAUGCUUGCCUGGUUAUUAUGGAGAUGCUUUGACUGUUCCAAAAGGUGGUUGCAAACGGUGUACAUGUUACUUACCUGGAACUUUAGUGCCAGAAAGAGGGUCUAAUCCAUGUGAAGCAACUGGUGGUCAGUGUCGAUGUAAAGCUAAUGUUAUCGGAAGACGUUGUGAUAAGUGUCGUAAGGGAUAUUGGAACAUUGACAGUGGUGAGGGUUGCAGUGCAUGUGAUUGCAAUAGGAUUGGUUCUGUGAAUCAAACUUGUGAUAUACGUUCUGGUCAAUGCCACUGCAGACCUGGUGUGAUUGGAAGGCAUUGCGAUUCAUGUGCACCAUAUCAUUAUGGAUUUUCUGAAGAAGGCUGUAAAGCAUGUGAAUGUGAUCCAUCUGGUUCUACAUCUCUCCAAUGUGACACUGCUGGACAGUGUCAAUGUAGGCCUAACCGUGAGGGACGUAGGUGUUCUGUGUGUAGAGAUAACAAGUACAGUAGGGGUACAGUUUGUAAAGAUUGUCCUCCUUGUUAUUCACUCCUAGAAGAAGCUAUUGAUCGGUACAAAGAUAAGCUAACUGAAUUGGCACAAUUGAUGGAGGAUUUGAAAAAUCAUCCAGAAGAUGUGGAAGACUUUGAUUUUCAGAGGAAACUAAGAGAAGCCGUUAGAAAAAUUGAUAACUUGCUGGAUGAAGCAAAGCGAGCAGCUAUUGCUGAUUCAAGUUUAAUGGGUCAGCUAACUGAUCUCCGUAAAAGGAUAAAAGAAAUAGGACAAACUGCUGGCAAGGUUAGAGAGCGACUAGAUGACGGUGAAGAGUAUCGUAGACAUGGUUUACAAAAUAUAAGUCUUGCUGAAAAUGUCAUUCGUCAAGCUCAAGAUGCUGCAUCAGCUGCUAGAAAGUAUUUAGAUAUUCAAGGUAGAGAUGCAUAUAAUUCUGCUUUAGAUAGACGUGACAGACUUGGCCAGCAGUCUGAAAGACUAUCAUCUAUCUCACGAGAAGCAAGACAAUUAGCAGAUCAACAGGAAGAAGAUGCGGAAGUUAGUGAUAAUGUUUCAAAUCUUGCUCUGAAUGCAUCUACUGAGGCUUACAGACUAGCAAGAGAGACACUUAAUGCUCAUGAAAGGAUGAGCAAUGAAGUAGAUGAACUUGGACGGAAGCUAGAUGAUUUGGUUGAUUUUGUCCAACGCACAAAAUCAUUAGCAGAAGAUGCUAAAGAGGAAGCAAAUACAGCCUAUGAUGAUGCUUUGGGGAUAUAUACAGAUGCAAAUUCUUUGGUAGUACCUGCUGCUGAUGUUGAAGCCAUGAAAAAUGAAGCUGCUAGAAUAAAGCAUGAGGCCAGAAGAAUCAAAAAUCAAGCUGAUGACCUAGCUAAUGAGCAUAAAGAUACUUUAUCUAAAUUAGAUGAUCAAACUAAAGAUGGGCAAGGCUUGCUAAAUGAGGCUAUUAGACAACAGCAAAUAACAGAUGAGCUGCUUACCGAUACUGAUGCAGCAUUAGCAAAAGCUCUAGAUGCUAUUGCAUCUGGAGAAAAGAUUCUAGAUGAUGCAAAGGAAACUCUCGAUACAUUAAAAGGAUUUGAUCAACAAGUAAAAGAAAAUCAAGAGAGAGCAAAGGAAACUUUAAGAAAGAUUCCUCAGGUUAAAAGGAAAGUUGGCGAGGCUGAAAAUAAAACAUUUGAUGCUGAAGAUGCUUUGCGUGGAGCUACACAAGAUGCUGCGGAUGCUAGAGAUAUUGCUCGAGAAGCUAAAAGACUAGCAGAACAAGCUUCAAAGGAUGCAGAUGGUAUUCUCAGAGAGGCUGGACAAACCAAAAAUGAUGCUAAUAAGCUUAGAGGUCAAGCUGGGCAGUUACGAGGUCAAAUUGCUAGCACCGACGAAAGAAUGAGAGGUUUUGAAGAUGAAGCAGAUACUGAUGGUGUAUUAUCAAAAGAGGCUUUAGGGAGUGCAAAUGAAGCUAAAACUGCUGCUAUUGAUGCUCUUGAUAAAGGAAGAGCUGCUGCUGUGAAAUUAAACGAUAUUUUAGAUGCCUUGGUUGACAUAGACAGUGUGGACAGCUCCCAAUUAGACGACUUAGAACGCCUACUCGCGCUCGCUGAACGUGAGCUGAUCAACGCUGAUCUGGGUGCAAGAGCAGAUGCUCUGAGAGAAGCUCAAGAAGAGCAGAAAAAGUGGAUGAAAGACUAUGAAGAUGAAAUUGAGCAGUUGAAGAAAGAUGUUGCUAAUGUUGCUGCGAUUAGACAUUCAUUGCCAGAUGACUGCUACCGAAGAUUAGUUCUGGAGCCUUAGUUAUGAUAUUUAUCUGAUAGUUAAUUUCAUUGAAAUUGCAUAUUGUGCAAAAUAAUAGGUCAGAGACGGAUAAUUAAUGAUCUUUUCUUUAAAAGCUUCCAUCAAUAUGAAAUUAAUCCAUAUAUUUUGUCCUGACUAACUGUUGUUUAUCUGCUUGAUUAAAUGUAAACUGUGUAGUGUAUAUUUUAAUCAACUACCAACUGUCUAUUUACUGGGAAUGUUCAAUGAAGUGAAAUUUCUUUUUAAAUCUUUCAGAAAGUAAUUUAAUACUUUGAGCAUUCGCCAUUAGCAAAACAUUGAAGAGUGGAAAACAUUGAAGUGCAACCACUGUAUUUUUAAAUUAAACGUCAUAAAUAUAAAAAAAAGAAUAAUAUUAUCUUUUUCAUUGUAAAAAAGCUCCAAUUUAGAAAUAUCCUGUACGUAUUUAUUCCCAUCGUUUCCCCCUCCCCCUAUGUUUUUUUUGGGGGGGGAGGAACAAUAAAUGCAACUCUUUUAAAGGUGUCACUUUCAAGAACUGGCAUUGAAGUGAUAGUUUAGUAUUUUAUGAUAUUUUUCUUUUAAAACUAAUGCAAAAAAUUUUUAAAAAAUCAAGAUUUUUUUUUUUUUUUUAUUUAACUACAGUGACAGUAUAGUUAAUAACAAACUUCUGCAAAUACUCUACUCAAUUCAAAUGAUGUUCUUAAUUAUUUUUAUGGCUGUCUUGUAAUUCUUUUAUAAUGGUAAAAAACAGUAUGGAAGUAAAAUGAAGCCUACUUUUUGAAUGCUGAGAUAGUUGUGCAACUAUCAAUUAAUAUGACAACUAACAAAUCAAUAUGAAAAAGUGAGAUCAAUUUUCAUAUUGAUU